AUGAUUCAUCUAAGGGCAGCUACACCACCUACUACUAAAGCACUCCUCCCAAAGAGAAAACAUCCCUCUCCAAUUGUGGAAAACAAAGAGGAAGAAGGAGGUGACGAAUCAGAAGAUGUAGAUAAUGAAGGGUUUCAAAAGCCAAAAAAGUAUAAAAAAUUCAAGACGAAUUUUGUAAAACUUAUUGAAAAAAAAGUAGCAGCAACAAUCCCAACGAGCAACAGAUACGACUCCCUAAGCGAAAGCGAAUUUGAACAGGAGCAAAUCACAGUACUCCCAGCUACAUCAAAAGGGAAAUCUACCCCCAAUCUAGUGAUCAAAGGUAACUCCACAACAAGUAGCACUAAAACCGCUAAAGAACCGCCAAAAGUUAACAAAAAAUCAACAAUCCCACCCAUAGUGGUCGAUGGACGCACGGAUAACCACGCAACCCUAACCAAAGAUCUGAAAGCCAUAAUCAAGGGUAAAUACUCAGUGAAAUAUACCAAUGCUACAACGGUUAUAUUCACUGAGGAUAUGGAAGAUUACGAAUCGCUACUUGGAGGUAUCAAACAAGCCGAAAUUCCCCACCACACUUACACAAGUAAAUCUGAAAAAACCCACGCGUUUGUCCUGAGAGGCCUGGCGAACGGGACAGAAAAAGAAGCCAUUGAAGAAGAUUUAAUCGCGUCAUAUGAGAUCAAACCUAAAGACAUCUAUAAAAUGACAACCAAACAUCGACCCCUAUUUUUAGUGGUGACUGACCCGGACUCACAGGAGGACUCUGCCUCCCAAACGCUCACCAAAGAAAAUGAGGAUGAAAUAAACCUUACAGCAGAUAAACAAAAUGCAGAAAUAGCUAAAAUAGUCUAUGAAGGAUUAGAAGCAGACACACAAGAACAAUCCAAAAAAAGGAAAGGUCGCAGCUUGGAAAAUCUAAAUAAAAUAUCCCAGUCAUCAGAUAAUUUCAACUCAGAAUACUGUUUGGAUAACGUCACAGAUACGGAUAAUCCUCUUAAGGUCAAAAUUAAGAGAAUAGGACUCCCCAGCAAUGUUGUAAGCAGAAAUCUCAACUUCCGAACAUCAGAUAAUUCAGAAGAAGAUAGGGGUGCUCAAUCGCUCCUUUUACAAAAGUCGCUAAAAGAAGCGCAAAAUGCUAGAUUUUUCCUCCCACCCCCUAUUACCCAAAACAUAGAUUCAAAUCCCGAAACAGCUUUCUACGUCCCACCAAGCAGUUACCCACAAACAAACCCAUCCUCACCCCCCUCCUCACAAUCCCUACCACCUGCAGACCAAUUAACACCGAAUAGCAGGGGCUUAACCAGAAUCUCUAGCCAAAAAGACAGAAGAAUAAGACAGGAAAUUUUAGGAAUAGUUGAAAAAGACAAUCAGAAUAAUUUUGAACAGCCCAAAAAGACUACAAAACUAAAACACCUCAUCGAACAAAAAGCCAAGUCCACAAUAAAGCUCAAAAAUAAAUACAAACCCCUAACUGACGAGUCAGAAAGAGAGGAAGACAGUGAGGAAGAAUCCGAUAACGAGAGAAAAAGAGCGAAAAGGCACAAAACAAACACUCCCAAAAAGAGCGUUCCCAGCCAACAAACAAAUAAAGCCUCUAAGAAAUCAGCUAUGCCCCCGAUAGUGAUAGAUGGAGUCACCCAAAACCACAAGGAAAUGGUAAAUAACAUCAAAGAAACCAUCAAAGGUGAUUUCACGUUAAAACACACUAACAGAUCCACCAUCCUUUUUGUCAAUGAUGAGCCUGACUAUACCAAAGUUCUUACUAACAUAAGGGCUGAAAAGAUCCCACAUCAUACAUAUACGCAAAAACACGAUAAAUCGCAUGCAUUUGUCCUAAGAGGCAUGACAAAAGGAACAGAAAUAACCGACAUAAAAGACGAUCUUCAAGAAAGCUACGAAAUCAAAGCUCGGGAAAUUUAUUUAAUGACCACAAAAAACAGGCCUCUCUACCUGGUUAUCACAGACCCUGCCAUUACUCUCGAUUACCUAAAUAAAAACGUGAGAGUCAUUGAAAACACGAGGAUCAUCUGGGAACUCAGAAGAUCCGUCAAGUUACUUAUCCAAUGUCACAAUUGUCAAUUGUGGGGACAUGCUACAAAUGAGGGCAUUGAUGAUAAUGUCUUUCAAUUACUAGAUGAAGAACGAAUAAGGCAUCUUAUUCCAAAAAUGGGUACACGCUUAAAUUUAAAAAAAAAUUUCGAGGAAUUUUGUAUGACCAAAGAAAAUACCAUGGUAAAAUUGAUAGAUUUAUUACCAAAAUUUGACACCGAAUGGUUUUCGAGUAAACUUCCAUUCCCAGAGCUUCGGAUUAAAAAUAAACCCUUAUUGUAUCUUAAAAAAAAUAUAUAA